AAAUUUUUGUUUGGUGGUGUGAUGUGAGUUUUUUCUUUUGUAAAAUAAGCGCUGGGGAACACUGCUGAAAUCGCCAUGGAAACUUUUUGACAUUGAUCAUGUUAUGUCAUGAAACAUGCAGUUUUGUCUGUGCAGCUUGUACGGUUUCAUUAGGAUUCUAUUUUCUGUCAGGGGAUGUCAUCCAAAGAGGUUAAUUUGCCUCUUCUGAUCUUUUUUUUUAUUGAUAUGGCCCCAAAAUAGGUUUCAGCAUUACGCCCGCCGUGCAUGCAGUGCCGUGCACUGCUCUGACUCUUAACUGGCCUGACCGUCAAAGCAUUUCCUACACGGCAGCCAUUUUAGGUGUACCGCCGCUGCCUCCAGGAAGCCGAGACGAGCAUCAUUCUCUACUCUCCGUUCAGGAUCCGGGACAAAUUCGCAAAGCGCAUGCGAGAGGAAAACGUGGAGGAACGUCGCCUGCUUUUAUUUCACGCCCUCCAUCCCCCCUGGUUUAAGCCCCUCCCCUCCUUCCCCCCCUCGCAUCCGCAGCAGGGACUGGCCAAUAAAAGAGAGAAAACACGUAAGCAUCGACGCGGGCUCGGCGCAAGCGGAGGAUGCUCAGUGGGAAGCGGCAAUCAUCUCUCAGCACCGCUCGCACUGUUCACUUCCUCCCAAGCCACCGAGUGCAACCUGGGCCUCUCCACCGACCCGACCCCGACUCUCAUUCAUACUGCCGCCGCACUCGAGGUGAGGAGGGCGGGGGGACCUAAUUAGGAAGGUCAGGCUCCUUUAGUAGGAAGGUCAUCGCCUCAAGAGUAAGAUGUUGGAUCCGUCGUCCAGCGAGGAGGAGUCUGACGGGAUAGUGGAGGAGGAGAGCAAAGAAGUGAUGGCCCCUCAGGCCGGAUCCCGCAUCUCCCCGAGUAGGACCAGCGAGAGCUCCGGCGGACUUGCGCCCAGCAGCGGCCGCAGCAGCGCCCGACCGACCAGCCCGAGCCCGUCGGCCGCCAGCGAAGAGAAAGACGACCUGGAGAAGCUGCAGCGCGAGGAAGAGGAGCGCAAGAAGAAGCUGCAGCUUUAUGUGUUUGUCAUGCGAUGCAUCGCCUAUCCGUUCAACGCCAAGCAGCCCACAGACAUGGCGAGGCGACAACAGAAGAUAACCAAGCAGCAGCUUCAGCAGACCAAGGAUCGCUUCCAGGCCUUCCUGAACGGCGACACGCAAAUUGUGGCCGAUGAAGCCUUCAUCAACGCCGUGCAGAGCUACUAUGAGGUGUUCUUAAAGAGCGACCGUGUGGCUAAAAUGGUCCAGAGCGGCGGCUUCUCAGCGAGCGACUUCAGGGAUGUGUUCAAGAGGCACAUCGAGAAGCGUGUCCGCAGCCUCCCGGAGAUCGACGGCCUGAGCAAGGAGACGGUGCUCAGCUCCUGGAUGGCGAAGUUUGACACCAUCUACCGCGGCGACGAGGAUCCGCGCAAGGCGCAACAGCGUAUGACGGCCAGCGCCGCCUCCGAGCUCAUCCUGAGCAAGGACCAGCUGUACGAGAUGUUCCAGAAUAUCCUGGGUAUCAAAAAAUUUGAGCACCAGCUUCUUUACCAAGCUUGCCAGCUGGACAACUUGGACGAGCAGGCUGCACAGAUAAGAAGAGAACUGGAUGGUCGUCUUCAGAUGGCCGACCAGAUUGCACGGGGAGGCAGGUUCCCCAAGUUUGUGUCCAAAGACAUGGAAGCUAUGUACAUUGAGGAGCUCAAGUCUUCAGUGAACCAACUGAUGGCCAAUCUGGAGAGCAUGCCCGUGUCGAAGGGUGGAGAGUUCAAGCUCCAGAAGCUGAAGCGAGGGCACAACACCUCCAUCAUCGACAUGGGCCAGGAGGAUGAAAACACUCUGUCCAAGUCCGAUGUGGUCCUGUCCUUCACUUUAGAGGUGGUGAUCAUGGAGGUGCAGGGGCUGAAGUCUCUGGCUCCCAACAGGAUUGUCUACUGCACCAUGGAAGUGGAGGGAGGAGAGAAGCUCCAGACUGACCAAGCGGAAGCAUCCAAGCCAACCUGGGGGACCCAAGGGGACUUCACCACCACACACCCUCUGCCUGCUGUCAAGGUGAAACUGUUCACCGAGAGCACCGGCGUGCUGGCACUGGAGGACAAAGAGCUGGGCAGGGUUGUCCUCCACCCGACUCCGAACAGCCCCAAGCAGUCUGAACUCCAUAAGAUGACCUUGACCAAGGCUUGCCCCGACCAAGACCUCAGGAUCAAACUGGCCAUUCGCAUGGACAAACCCCAAAACAUGAAACACUGCGGGUAUCUGUGGGCUUUUGGGAAGAAUGUCUGGAAGCGCUGGAAGAAACGUUUCUUUGUUCUUGUGCAAGUGAGUCAGUACACAUUCGCCAUGUGCAGCUACAGAGAGAAGAAGUCCGAACCACAAGAGCUUCUGCAGCUGGAUGGCUACACUGUGGACUACAGCGAUCCGCAGGCAGGCUUGGAUGGCGGAAGGGCUUUCUUCAACGCGGUGAAGGAAGGCGACACUGUGAUCUUCGCCAGCGAUGACGAGCAGGACCGCAUCCUGUGGGUCCAGGCCAUGUAUCGCGCCACCGGCCAGUCCCACAAGCCCGUCCCGCCCACUCAGGUCCAGAAACUUAAUUCCAAAGGGGGUGCCUCGGCUCAAAUGGACGCUCCCAUCUCUCAGUUCUCUGGACUCAAGGAUGCUGACAGAGCUCAGAAACAUGGCAUGGAUGAGUUUAUCUCGGCUAACCCCUGUAGCUUUGACCACGCCUCGCUUUUUGAGAUGGUGCAGCGGCUCACCUUGGACCACAGGCUCAACGACACCUUCUGCUGCCUGGGAUGGUUCAGCCCGGGCCAGGUGUUUGUCUUGGACGAAUACUGUGCCAGGAACGGCGUCCGAGGUUGCCACAGGCAUUUGUGUUACCUGCGCGACCUGCUGGAGCGGGCGGAGAGUGGCACCAUUAUUGACCCCACUCUUCUGCACUACAGCUUUGCGUUUUGUGCCUCCCACGUGCACGGGAACAGGCCAGACGGGCUGAGCACCGUCAAAGUGGACGAGAAGGAGCGAUUUGAAGACAUCAAGGAGCGGUUGCGUGUCAUCUUGGAAAACCAGAUUGUAAAUUUCAGAUAUUGUUUCCCCUUUGGCCGUCCGGAAGGUGCACUGAAGGCCACGUUAUCUUUGCUGGAGAGGGUGCUGAUGAAGGACAUUGUGACACCAGUCCCUCCAGAAGAAGUUAAAGGGGUCAUCCGCAGAUGUUUGGAGCAGGCUGCUAACCUCAACUACCAACGGAUUAAAGACUAUGCUAAAAUUGAAGGGAAAAAGAGGGAAAUGUUUGAGCACCCUGUCUUCUGCUUGGCGUCUCAAGUGAUGGAUUUAACCAUCCAGAAUGUAGGCCGCUUAGUCACCCCUGCAAAAAAGCUGGAGGAAACCAUUCGCUUGGCGGAGUUAGUCAUUGAGGUCCUUCAACAGAACCAGGAGCACCACGCCGAGGCGGCAGUCACAAGCUCUGCAGAUCAAUCGGGAAAAGAGGCGUUUGCAUGGUGGACCGACCUCAUGGUGGAGCACGCCGAAAACUUCCUGGCCCUCUACGCCAUCGACAUGGACGCCGCUCUGGAGAUCCAGUCGCCCGAGAGCUGGGACAGUUUCCCGCUCUUCCAGCUUCUCAACGAUUUCCUCCGAACAGACUAUCAUCUGUGCAACGGAAAAUUCCACAAGCACCUUCAGGAUCUGUACGCUCCUCUGGUGGUUAGAUAUGUGGAUCUGAUGGAGUCCUCCAUCGCACAGUCAAUUCACAAGGGCUUUGAGCGGGAGUCUUGGGAGCCUGUAAACAACGGCUCCGGCACAUCCGAGGACUUGUUCUGGAAGCUGGACGCCCUUCAGACCUUCAUCCGGGACCUCCACUGGCCCGAGGAGGAGUUCGCUAAACAUCUGGAGAGUCGCAUCAAGCUCAUGUCGAGCAACAUGAUCGAGAACUGCGUCAAGCGCACCAGGAUGGCGUUUGAGUCCAAAGUGGCAAAGAGCAGCAAGUCGACAGAUUUCCGCAUUUCUCCGACAUUAUGCACCAUGUUCAAUGUGAUGGUGGACGCGAAAGACCAGUCGGCCAAACUGUGCGCCAUGGAGAUGGGUCAGGAGGCAAACAAAGAAAAAAACAAAAAACAGUUCCACUCGCAAAUCGAUGAACUGAUUGAGGAAAGUGUGCGGGACAUGAUUCAGCUCUUGGUGGCAAAGUUUGUCGCCAUUUUGGAGGGAGUUUUGGCAAAGAUAUCCAGAUACGAUGAAGGCACGCUGUUCUCCUCGUUCCUCUCGUUCACGGUGAAAGCUGCCUCUAAGUACGUGGACGUACCUAAACCCGGCAUGGACGUGGCUGACGGCUACGUGACCUUUGUCCGCCACUCUCAGGACAUGCUGCGUGAUAAGGUCAAUGAGGAGGUGUAUAUAGAAAGGUUAUUUGAUCAAUGGUACACUGCCACCAUGAACCUGCUGGGCACUUGGCUCACCGAACGCAUGGACCAGCAGCUGCACGUCUACCAGCUCAAGAUCCUCAUCAGGAUCACCAAGAAAAAGUACCGUGACUUCCGCCUGCAGGGCGUACUGGACUCGACCCUGAACAGCAAGAUGUACGACACGGUGCGCAACAGGCUGACUUUGGAGGAAGCCACGGCUUCGGUGAGGGAAGGAGGCAUGCAGGGCAUCUCCAUGAAGGACAGCGAUGAAGAGGACGAGGAGGACGACUAGAGGCCAUGCACCGCGCCCCCCCCCCCACCCCCACCCUGCCCUUAAUCACACUUUUGACUUUAGCCUGGUUAACCGAUGCAUGUACCAAACUCAGAUAGCCACUCUAGGACCUCUUUGUCAGCUCGAAAUGCCUACGAAGGAACUAUAAACGAAUAAUAAUAAUGGGAAAAAAAUAAUUGUGCUUAUACUGAGGAAACACGAUAAAAGUGUUGAAAAAAAAUAACCAGUGAUUGGCAGUUUAGCUGUGUCAUAAUAAAGAUAGCACCGAUUCAUUCAUUUCAAAAUUCAUUUCUAUGUGUUAGUAAGCAAUAUGGAGAAGCAUUUGAGUGAGAUUAAAUUGUGCGUGCGUGCGUGUGUGUGUGUGUGUCCCGUCCCUCCGUCCGUCCAAUGCAAACUACGUACGUAUAUGGCGCUUCUUUGUCGUACUCUCCAUUCAUUCAUGGUACAUUGUCGUGUGUGUGUGUAUGUGUGGAGCCUCUCUUUGUCUGUUUUCAAGUGAACGCCAACUGCUUCGGGAGUGACAAACAAGACCCCUCUGUCUUUUGUUGACGGCUCGUCUUUGACACGCGUUGACCUUCGACCUUCAGCCUCACCACGAGGGGGUUCGAGAGAUGCAAUACUCUCCAUUCUCCCUCCAUUUUGAUAACCCGGGAGAUUCUAUUUUUAUUUCCACAUUCAAAGAGGGGGGAAAAAAAAGAUGUCUUGAAAACAGGUUCUAUUUUAAUUGAUUUCCACUUUUACAGAGAAAAAAAAGCGAACAUGAUUUUUUUUUUUUUUAAAUGAAUGACAAAAAAAAAGUUGGUCUGUGUUUGUUGUGUAACUGUGUGGAAUGAGAUGUCUGGCUUGGGUCUCACUGUUGUUCUGUAUAUAUGAUAUAAAUAUAUAUAUAAAUAUAAAAUGCUGUACAUUGCAUUCUGAGCCAUCGCUUGCAUGCCUGUGGGUUCCAACAAUUUCCAAACACUUUUUUUGUUUGUUCUCUCUCUCCAGUUUUCUGUGUCAUUUAGCUGGUGGAUUCAUUCUUGCUUUUUUUUUGUUUGUUUUUUUUUUGCUUUCUGAACGCCAACAGUUGUAAUAUGCAAGAGCUGUGGCCGCCGAAUAAAAGUUACUGUACAUGUGUCA